GACAUGGCGGCAUAUCUAUCUACUACACACGCCUUUAAAACCUUUCGCCCUCCUCCGCGCUCCCGGCUCCUCCCAGCACCAGCAAGCAGCCUUAUCUAUCCCCUCAGCUCUGCAGCUCAGUGUCCACCACCGCCGCCUCCUUCCAGCUGGGUGGAAGAAACAUGUCGCGAAUGGCGCCCCCGUCUCCGCCUCAGUCCCUGAAGCCCCCGACGCUGCCCUUCUCCCCGCCCAAAAAGCCACCGCCGAUGCCGGUGUACAAGGACCUGCACUUCAACCGCGACCUCUCCGCCACCAAGAAGCUCCAGGCCGGAGUGGACCUGGUGGCACGGUUGUUGGGGGUCACCCUGGGGCCCAAGGGGAGGAACGUGGUGCUUGGCAACAAGUAUGGCCCUCCCAAGAUUGUCAAUGACGGGGAGACCGUCCUUAAGGAGAUCGAAUUGGAAGAUCCAUUAGAAAAUCUUGGAGUGAAGCUGGUCCGACAGGCUGGAGCAAGGACCAAUGAUAUUGCAGGAGAUGGUUGUACCACAUCCAUAAUCCUUGCCCAAGGCCUCAUUGCUGAAGGGAUGAAGGUUCUUGCAGCUGGAAUCAACCCAGUUCAGGUCGCACGUGGCAUUGAGAAGACUGCUGCUGCUUUGGUGUCUGAGCUCAGACUGAUGUCGCGGGUGAUUGAAGACCAUGAAAUUGCACAUGUGGCUGCAGUUAGUGCGGGAAAUGAUUAUGCUGUUGGAAAUAUGAUUUAUGAUGCUUUUCAAAGAGUAGGUAGACAAGGAAUGGUGAGAAUUGAAAAUGGAAGAGGCACCGAGAACAGUCUGGAGGUUCUGGAAGGAAUGCAAUUUGAACGCGGUUACCUCUCUCCUUACUUUGUUACCGAUCGUGGUAACAUGACGGUGGAGUUCACUGACUGUCAGAUACUAUUGGUUGACAAGAAAAUUACGGAUGCUAGUGAGAUUAUAAGGAUACUGGACAGUGCUGUCAAAGAAAACUAUCCGUUGUUAAUAAUCGCCGAGGAUGUGGAAGAACAGGCAAUGGCUGAUUUGAUAAAAAACAAGCUGAAAGGGACAAUUAAGGUUGCAGCCGUUAAGGCCUUCUCUUUUGGGGAACAAAAGACUCAAUGCUUGGAUGACAUUGCAAUCAUGACAGGAGGUACACUAGUGAGGGAUGACAUGGGGCAUAUACUGGAAAAGGCAGGAAAAGAGGUUCUUGGUUCCGCUUCUAAGGUGGUAAUCACGAAAGAUUCAACACUAAUUGUUACUGACGGAAGCAAUCGUCGAGCAGUUGAGGAAAGGGUUGCUAUGAUAAAAGGCCAAAUUGAGAAUUCUAAGGAAAGUUACAACAAGAAGAUAUUGGGUGAGAGGAUAGCAAGGUUAUGUGGUGCAAUUGCAGUGAUCCAGGUUGGUGCUCAAACAAUCAUUGAGAUGAAAGAUAAGAAGCUGAGGAUUGAAGAUGCACUUAACACAACAAGGGCAGCUAUUGAGGAAGGUGUUGUAGUUGGUGGUGGAUGUAGCCUACUAAGACUGUCAGAGAAGAUUGACGCAAUCAAGGAAUCAUCGUUGGAUAAUAUAGAGCAGGAGGUUGGUGCUGACAUCUUCAAACAAGCCUUGAGUUACCCUACCUCACUAAUAGCAAAAAAUGCAGGGGUGAAUGGCGACUUUGUCAUUAAAAAGGUGUUACUGAAUGAUGAUGCAAAUUAUGGUUACAAUGCUGCCAAGAACUGCUAUGAGGACUUGAUGGCUGCUGGAAUACUGGACGCAACAAAGUUUCAGGUAUUCGAGUGUAGCAGGCGUCCUUUCCACCAAGAAUCAGCCUCAACACAACAAGACUACGGGCCCGGUACCCCCAAGUUUCUAAGAUAAUAAAGCAAAGAAAACAUAGUGAAAUUUUGACGUCAAACGUGGCUUUGUAUGAUUGCUCCAAGAAGCUCUAUGCACGCUAUCGCAUCAUCGGAGCAGCAGCAAGGGUGGAUGAUAUGUGUUAUAUAGGGAAUACAAAGGUGAACAAUUCAAUUUUGAUGUUCAAAUGCUCCUUACCGUCAUAAAUAUACUUCUGUUUUUUUAGGAACAUAUACUUUAAUAGCUUCGCUUAGUUUAGAAUUUUUUUUUUGAAGAGUAGAAGAAUUACUCAUUAUUAUAUUAAGAAAAAAAGAGUUUUAGUCC